AUGACCACGCACCAUCCCAGUCAGGCCAUUCCCUUUCCCAUUCUCCGUUUGACUUCUCUCGUGCUUCCCCAUCCUCCCUUCGGUUAUUGCUUUCCCGAGAUUGGGAAGAUGUUGCUCCUGCUUCUGCUGCCUGUGGCUCUGCUCCUGCCCUCCACACUUGGGGAUGACAAGAUCACUGGGGGACGUGAAGCUGCAAAUGACUCCCAUCCCUACGUGGCCUCCAUGAACAUAGAAAUAUUUGGCCAAGUGAGAAAGAGAUGUGCAGGAUUCCUGAUCCGGGAGGACGUGGUG